AGUCCUGGGGCCUUUAUGAGCCCCUACAGAGUACUCAUAUUUCUGUUGCCACAAUGUGUGCUCCAGGGCAUUGAAACCCAGAUGAGAAUUUCAUCCAGAGAAAUAAAAAACACAAAGAUUCCCCAGGCCUCAGUUUCCCCAUCUUCAAGCCGAGCGUCUGCCCUAGAAGCUCCCGUGUCCGUCCGCAGUCGGCCCGCGCCCCCUGCCGCCGUGAGGGGGCACUGUCUGGCCGCAUCUUGCCGGAGGGUCCACGCUCUCGGUCGGCAGAGGGAGCGUGGACACCCCCGCGACUGCGAAAGAAAAGGCCUGAGGGCCAGACGGGAGCCCGAACGCGCCAGGAGCAAGCGGGAGGCCCCCACGCAGGCCCCGGGGCGGAGACCGAGCGCUGGGGGCGUGGGCCCGAGUGGGGCGGGGCCUCGAGCGGGGCGGGCCAGCCGCGGGCCCAGACGUGGCGCAGUGGCCGGGCGGUUCACCUCUAGCUCGCGGACCAUCCUCGGCCCGGUACCCAUGCACCUCUCGCUGCCUCCGCCGCCCCUACUGCUGCUUGUCGCGGCACUUGCGGCUGCCGCCACCACCUUCCGGCCCGACUGGAACCGUCUGCACCGCCUGGCCCGAGCGAGGGUAGAGACCUGUGGGGGAUGACAGCUGAAUCGCCUAAAGGAGGUGAAGGCCUUUGUCACCGAGGACAUCCCAUUCUACCACAACCUGGUAAUGAAACACCUCCCAGGGGCGGACCCAGAGCUGGUGCUGCUGGGUCACCGCUACGAGGAACUGGAGCGAAUCCCACUCAGCGAAAUGACCCGCGAAGAGAUCAACGCGCUGGUGCAGGAGCUGGGCUUCUACCGCAAGGCAGCACCCGACGAUCCUGUGCCCCCCGAGUUCCUGCGGGCGCCCGCUAGGCCCGCCAAAGGGUCUCCGGCCCGCGCUGACCUGUAGGUCCGGAGCCCCAGCACCCCCCUGCCUGAGCCCUGGGGACAGAAUGAAGCGUUCAGCGUCCCGGGAGCACCUCCCUCGCUGAGGGCCGACACUCGGUCCCGGAGCCGGCAGGGAUGGAGUUGGGGGUUCCUAACCCCUCUUCCCUCCCCAGCUCAACUAAAUCCCCUUCCACCUUAAA